AUAGCGUGAGACAAAGAAAGGGAAGUUAAAAAUAAAAUAAUUUCUAAAGUUUAAUUGCUUUUUAUUCUUCUUCUUCUUCUCUUCUGCAGAAGAAGAAUGCCUUUGUCACGUACUCUCUUUUUGUAGCUUCUCUACUUCUUCUCCUUCUCUCUUCUUUGUGAAAGAUAAUAACUUCAAGAAGCUUCUUUGGUGUUGAAGAUGGAGAGAUACAAGUGUAGAUUUUGCUUCAAGAGCUUCAUCAACGGAAGCGCUUUAGGUGGUCACAUGAGAUCUCACAUGCUUACUCUUUCUUCAAAACGUGAGCUUUAUCAAGAAGAGGAACGGCCACCGAGUCAACUCAGCGAGGAGACAGAGUCUGAUGCUUCUUCUUCGUUUGAUGAGGAAGAAGAAGAAGAUCAUCUUAAGAGUACUCGUGUUGAUGAUAAAGAAAUGGAGUUUGGUAUCUCCGAAAGCGAAACAGAGUCUUCCAGGAAUAUUAACCCAACUCGGAGACGAUCCAAGCGAACUAGGAAACUCGGAUCGUUCGAUUUCGACUUUAAGAAGCUCAAAACGGUCCAAGCCGGUGAGACAGAACAUCAUCACAGCUCAGCUUCCGACACAACGACGGAGGAAGAUCUCGCGUUUUGUCUCAUUAUGCUCUCGAGAGACAAGUGGAAGAAGAAGCAAACUGUAGUAGAAGAAGAAGAUGAUGACGAUGAGUCAGAUCAUGAAUGCAAGAACAGAGGAGGAAGAGGGAGAUUCAAGUGCGAGACUUGUGGUAAAGUGUUCAAAUCUUAUCAAGCACUAGGAGGACACAGAGCAAGCCACAAAAAGAACAAGACUUUCACGAAAACAGAGCAUGAGAAAACAGAGUACUCUGUUAUUGGAGGAGGAGUCAGUGAGAAGAAAAUUCACCAAUGUCCGAUCUGUUUUAGGGUUUUCAGUUCAGGACAAGCGCUCGGAGGUCAUAAGAGGUCACACGGGAUCAACAACAUGGUAUCAGGAAGAGUCUUGUCUGUGAAUGGUGUUGUCCGAAUCCCUAAAGAAGUGAAAGAUCAUAGGAUGAUAGAUCUUAACCUUCCUGCACCAAACGAAGAAGAUCAUGAACCCUCUGUGGUGUUUGAUGAAUGGUGAAAAACAGAAAAGGUAACAAACAGACUUUGCGUGAUCUUAUCGGUUUAUUAUUAUUCUUUUUUUUUUUUGGUUUGAUCGAACUUUAAAAACAAGUUUAUGUUUUUAUUUGUUUUUAGUUAUUAUUAUGAUUUAUAAUUUUAAAUGCAAUGGUGGCUACUUUUACAUG